CGCUUCUCGUCACUCUGCAUCGUCACAGCCCGCUGCCCUCGCUCUUGCUAUUGUCUCGCCGGUAGCUGGGCCCCCUCGUCGCCGGCCGCUUGCUGGACAUUCGCAUGGCGUCCCUAUGAUGCUGACCCGCCGCCAAAUCUUCGCCUGUCGCAGUCGUGUAAACCGUCUCGAGACGCGAUGGAGAGGAAGCGGAAGCUCCCCGCGAGGACUUCGGCCCGCGUUGAAAACGCCAACAAACGUCGGAAUUUGACGCCUCGUGAGGAACGAUCCGUCACUCCAGCUCCUCCUCCGCCUCCUCCAGAGCCUGUGGUCAAGGAGCCAACGCCGCCGCCGCCGCUGCCGACCUCGCUCCAGCCAGGAAAGCCGCUGCCAACCGUAGAACGCGCGCAGCCUGGCGAUCUGUCUGUCAAAGAGUAUCAGUCUGUAUUAGAAAGUGGCGUCCUCGCAGAAUCUCUCUCUCGGUCUCGAUAUCGAUGGAUCAACGAUGGGCUCUUUGAAAAGUUCUGGACCAAACCUCAUAAGCGCAAGGGCGUCGUCAACGAGGACCCGAAAAACCCUCCCAAGGAUAGCAUGACCAAAGUCGGCUCAGUUACCAUAACCAUUGAGCCCCAUAUAGUUGAAGCCACCAUGUUUGUCGUCAAGGAAGCCAAGCGUGCUCCCCCGCCUCGACCACCGCAGCAGGCUUCAAAACCGCUGCCAGUGACUCAAUCGCAAGCUCAAUCGCAACCACAGCCGCUAGCUCGACCAGUUCUCCAGUAUGGCCCUCCAAAUGGUUCUAUGCCUCCUCCGCCUCCACCUGGACCUGGGUCGACGACACCAACUCCAGUCGCAGCUACCACACCAAAGCCUGCUGUUACCCCGAGUGCUGUUCAGAGUCCUUCUCAACGGCCACCACCACCUUCGCCGAGUGUUUCAGCGCCUCAGCCUUCACCAUCACCGCUUACGACUAUCAACGUAGCCACGUCACCAUCACCGGGCCCAGCGCUUUCUGCACAGCAGCCCGCUGCGCCUCCUCCUGCAACUCCACAAUCUCUUCCCGCAGCUGCUCCGCUGCCUCUGGCUCGACCUCCUCAACCGCCGGUAAAUACCGUCCCGGCGCAGCAGCAGCAAGCUCGCGCACCAUUAGCAAGGCCGCCGCCGCCUCCGCCGCUAAUUAUACCUGCCAACAAUCCUCGACCACCCAAUGCAAAGCCUGUUCCUAACGACCCGGUCAUUGCCCUGCUUGCACAAAAGGCCUCGGGAGACCCUGAGCUGCGUGACCUGAUGAAACGAGUAGCUGUGGGCCAGGCUAAGCAAGGAGAACUCGAUCGCUUCCAAAAAAUCAUUGAUCAAUUGAAUGCAGAGUAUCGGCGAAGUGGUGGACAGCAGGGACCUUCGGCCGAUAGGCUGCUUGUAGACGGAAGAACAGUCAAGUACUUUGCAGAUGAAGUGCGGACUAUUCUUGACAUUGUUUUGGCUUCCAAUCCUCGCCAGAGGUCAAGCGAGCUGAGACCACCGCCAAGGAGCGAUCCCCUCGUUGUGAUGCUUGUAAAGACAGCCUUGGAAGACCAAAAAACCAACGACAUGAUUCGACGUAUCGCGGGGGGCACUCCUGGUUUUACGGAUGCGACAGACCUCAAGGAAAUUCUUGACCGGCUCCACAGAGAAGCAAAGCCGGCGCCGCAGACGCUGUCUACCCCUCUCUCUGCAAAGCAGCCUAACGAUACUCUCAAUGGCCAUGCGAGAACUUCGAAUCCCCCAACGCCUCAGCAGGCGAAUCCCCAAGCGCUACGAUCAAAAGGCCCUCCACCCGCACCGAAGCCCGAUAUUUCUGCCGUGGUGUUUGAUUUUGGAAACGGCGAUCGCUACCUGUUUCCUAAAUUUAGCAUCCUUGAAUAUCUGCCCACCCCAUCCGGCCAAGAGGUGGUUGCGUCCUUUCUCAUUGUGCGCAAGGGUAGUACAUCUGAAUAUGGAGGAGACCCCGAGCUUGACUAUUACCAACCCGUCACAAUACGCAUUUCUACAAGUACUGGCCGCUAUCUAGAGAAUUUGAUGCGUGUAGUGGCGCCUCAAGAUGAGGUACGGCGUUAUAUGGAUGAUGUUAUGGACAACAUGACGCGCGCAGAAUAUGUGCUCCUGGCAAUGCAAUUGCCAAGAGUGUCAAAAGAUGAAAAGGCCAAUGGCGCUCCCGACGAGCCCAAGGCCAACAUAGCAACGCUCAAGGUCGAAACGGACUCUGACCAGCCUGUGGAGGCGAAACCUUCUGUUCUGUGGGCAAAGACAGCUAACCCUACGAAACAGUUGGAAUUUUUCAAACCCCAUGAUCCAGAGGAGGAGAACGAAGCCAGAUAUAAGCGCCUCAUUCAAUCAGUGACAGCUAAAGAUGCUUAACGACUGUUUUCGUUUCGAUGACAUAGAGUGUUGGCGACGCUUUGUACGGCUAGAACCUUUGUUUUUAUUUAUUAUUUACAUGCUUCAAGAGAUGUGCAUUUCAUGGAGCGGGACCAAGGGGUUUGGAGUACUGGAAUUGGGCAAUGAAUGAUACGGAAUAAUUCAAUAGGACGUCUCAACACACGGGAGCUGUAUGACCCUUUUUCACAGCUGG